AUGUACUCUACAGCAGCAGGAAUUAAAGACCUCAUGUUCAACAUAUUGCUAUCGAUGGCCAAGGAGGGCUCCUCCGAUUGCCCACAGUUCACAACACCCGGACGGUCGGGUAGGGACAAUCUUAUCAACACAGUUUACAAACUACACCGAACACGGUUACGAAUCUUGGAACCAUAUCGAAAACUGAAAAACGCCCUGAAACAACUACAAGAUGAAUAUUUAAAGUCGAAAGGCACCAAUCCAAUUAUGCGAUAUAUGAGGCUACAGCAAAGCGUCAGAGAUGUACGUUUAUCUGUGAUUUUGUAA